AUGAAGGAUAAACGGAUGCCAGCGUGCCUGCUCUUGGCACUGGCCUGCAGCUGGCUGGGCUCUGCUUUGGGGGAGUUCCCGGUACACCAGCACCCUGAGAAGCUGCCCCCCCUGGUGCCGCUGCAGCAAGCUCCAGGCUUGAAGGAACGUUUCCUGCUGCUUUCGCUGCACAACAAACUGCGGAGCAAAGUCCAGCCGCCCGCUGCCAACAUGCAGAGGAUGGACUGGAGCGAGAAGUUGGCCCAGCUGGCCCAGGAGCAAGCAGCCAGCUGCCUGGCGGGGGCCCUGCCCCGCCCUCCGCACCACACCCAGCAUGUGGGCUGGAAUGCCCAGCUGCUCCCCGCCGGGGCGGCCAGCUUUGCUGCCGUGGUGGAGCUGUGGUUCAGCGAGGGACGGCGCUACGACUAUCACGCAGCACAGUGCCUGGAGAACACCACCUGCAGCCACUACACCCAGCUGGUCUGGGCCACCUCCAGCAGGCUGGGCUGCGGGAAGCAUGCCUGCAUCGAGGGCCAGGAGAGGAGAGAGGCUUUCGUCUGCGCCUACUCCCCGGGGGGGAACUGGGAGAUGAACGGGAAGACGAUCAUCCCUUACAAGAAAGGAGCCUGGUGUUCACUCUGCACCUCAGGAUGCUCCGGAUGCUUCAAGUCGUGGGAUCACAGCGGGGGGCUGUGUGAGGUCCCCAGGAACCCCUGUCGGAUGAGCUGCAGGAACGAUGGGCGGUUGAACAUGAGCACCUGCCACUGCGACUGCCUGCCGGGGUACACGGGCCGGUACUGCCAAGUGAAGUGCAGCAUCCAGUGCCUCCACGGGCGGUUCCGGGAGGAGGAAUGUUCCUGCCUCUGCGACAUCGGCUACGGCGGAGCGGAGUGCGGCACGAAGGUUCAGUUCCCUUUGCACACCUGCGACCUGAGGAUAGACGGGGACUGCUUCAUGGUUUCCUCUGAGGCAGACACGUACUAUGGAGCCAAAAUAAAAUGCCAGGAGAAAGGAGCCAUGCUGGCCCAGAUCACAAAUCAGAAAGUGCAGGAUAUUCUGGCCUUUUACCUGGGACGUUUGGAACCCACCAAUGAGGUGACAGAGCCAGAUUUCGAGACCCGGAACUUCUGGAUCGGUCUGACCUAUAAAACGUCCAAGGAUUUGUUCCGCUGGGACACCGGCGCCCAGCACUCCUUCACCAGCUUCGCGUUCGGCCAGCCAGACAGCCAGCGGUUUGGGAACUGUGUUGAGCUCCAGGCAUCAGCCGCCUUCAACUGGAAUGACCAGCGCUGCAAGACGCGAAACCGCUACAUCUGCCAGUUUGCUCAGGAGCACAUCUCCCUGUGGCAGCCAGAGCCCUGA